CUUCAUCAAUGCUCGGGGAUCUGGGUCUACGCGCGAGUGUUUCUGACGCAUCCGGAAGGACGACAUAGCAUCAGCGCUGAACUGGUACGGAAUCCGGAUACCCAACACCUACGAGUGAUUGGAGAGUUCGUUCAUAUUCGUCGCCUAGCCUUGCACCAUGGAUCCUCUCACUGCCCUCGGUCUGGCAAGCAACAUCAUCCAAUUUGUUGAUUUUGCAAGCAAGCUCUUCUCUACUACUACGAGGCUGUAUGCUUCACAGUCUGGGGCAAGCGCGGAGCAUUUGGAGCUGGAAAGUUUGGUUUCGCAUAUCAAAAAGCUUGCAGAAGGCGCCAAACCCCGCAAUUCCCCAGGCAGCAAGAUCAAUUCGGAUGAGGACAAUACUCUGGUAGAUUUGGGGAACCAGUGCGUUGCGGUAUCGAGAGAACUGCUGGGGGUACUUAACAGUCUCAAGUUGAAAGGGGACCACACCAGAAGCUGGGACAGCUUUGUUCAAGCACUCAGAACCGAGUGGAAGAAGGACGACAUUGAAUCGCUUCAACGGAGACUCGAUAGAAUGAGUAAUCAAUUGAAUGCGCGUAUUUUGCUAGAUCAGCAAGCCGAGGUCGUCUCGAAACUUUAUGAGAUCGCUUCGGACAAUCGUCGUUUAGAGGCCACGAGAACUUGGGAGAUUGAUUGUCUACGAGAAGACUUUCAAAAGCUUUUCAAGAAAAUUGAAGACGGGCUGCAAAAAGACGGUGCUGAAAUCAGGACGUUGGCACAACUUUCUGAUGCUGUUGAAAAGGGAGUGGGAUACUCUUCUGAAUUAACGAUUCUGGAUUUCAUCCGCUUCGAUACGAUAGAUGACCGUCAAAUCGGAGUUCGAAAAGCGCACGAGCAGACAUUCUCAUGGAUAUUUCGCAAUCGGCCAUCACCUAGUCAACCUCCGAAUGCCCAAAACUUCGGCAAAUGGCUGAAGUCCGAUAAUACUCUGUUUUGGGUGACGGGAAAGCCGGGCAGUGGAAAAUCGACACUCAUGAAAUUCAUUUUUGCACAGUUCUUCUUCUGGAACGCUGGUAGACAAGCUCUGCAGAAAUCACAAGAAGGUUUACUCCGGUCAAUACUGUACCAGAUUCUACGUCAAACACCAGAUUUGAUCCCUUAUGCUUCUCCUGCCCUUUGGAAAGCCCUUAUCUCAGGGAAAUCGCGACUCCCCAUAGCGGCACAAUCGUUAUCGACGCCACAGCUCCUUGAUGCGUUUCAAGUCGUCUCAACUCACCUCGGGGAGUCAAAAGCUAGAUUCUGCUUCUUUAUUGACGGAGUAGACGAGUAUGACGGCAAGCCGAAUGAUAUUAUCCGACUCAUUGAGUUGCUAAAAUCAACACUACAAGUCAAGUUGUGCGUAUCUAGUCGACCUUGGAACGAAUUCGAGAAAGCCUUCGGUCAAGAUCAGCCGAUGAAACUAUAUAUGCAGGACUUAACCUCAAACGAUAUCAGAUCGUAUAUCGCCGACACUCUCGAGAAGGACACAGGAUUUCAAGAGUUGAAGCAAAGGGACAAUCGCUACGGCGAUCUUGUUCAAGAUAUACUCGACGCAGCAAGAGUUCUGGCUGCCCGGGAAGAUCAUAUAGCAAGGAAUUUCCAAGUCCCCAAUUACGUAGGACUUACGAAUGCCGAUAGGAUCGUGGACUUGCAAAGACGACUCCGGCUUAUCCCAACAGAUCUCAACGAAUAUUUUGAACGAAUCCUAUUUACUGUGGACAAUUUUUACAGGAAAGAAACGGCGCAGAUGUUUCAAGUCACCUUGAUAGCACGCGACGCUCUGUCACUUAUGAGUUACUGGUACAUGGAUCAAGAGGCCUCAUUUCUAGAGAACUUAAAGGCGGGGCCUGUAAGCAAGGCGAUUAUCGACGGCCGCCUGGCUCAAAUGUGUAAAAGACUCAACGCUUGUUGCAAAGGCCUUCUAGAAGUCCAAUCCUUCGAACAUCGCGGAGGAACCGAGAACUUUUUCAACCUGAAGGUGGAUUUCCUUCACCGAACGGUUCGCGACUUUCUUCGAGACCCGGACAUGCAGAAAAUGCUAGGAAAGUGGGUUGGCACAGAUUUUGAUGCCAAUAUUGCCAUCUGUCAAUCAUUGAUUGCCCAGGUCAAAACAGCCCCACAAGACAGAAGUUAUUUCGGAACUGGUAACGCAAUGGCUAGAGUUAUCAACCUCUUCUUCGGUCAUGCAAAUGUGCUGGAAGAUAGCCAGUAUCCCCUGGCAUUAGAGGUCCGCCUUCUUGACGACCUCGUAAUUGCCCUUGCGCAGCAUAAGUCUUAUCUCGGAAGUGUCUGGACUUUGUUUUCGAUCCACGAGAGAAGCAAACAGAACAGUAGUAGAGACCCAGGUUAUUUAGUCUUGGAAGAAGCUGUUCAAAACGGAUUUCACCGUUACGUUUCGAAGAAGCUGGGCGAGCGGCCGAGCCUUCCUGUGAUUCAACAAGCCGAGCUGCUACGUUGUGCCUUGUUCCCAGCUGCCUCCUGUCCGGUCUCAGUUCCUCGCUUGCCAAUGGUCGUCUUACUUCUUGAAAAGGGUUGUGGUUACCAUGGUCCUAAUUGCGGCUUACAUAAUCCCUCAAGUGACAAGACGCCAUGGAUUGCUUUUCUAGAGGCAGAAUAUGAGAGUCUGCAGACGGGGAGAAGCCUCGAAGAUACCUUGCCUAUCAUCAAAGAUAUGUUGAGCCAUGGCGCAGAUCUCAACGCGAAUUGUUUCCUCGGGGACUUGAUGGGCGGAGACCAUAAGGCAUCCGAGGUCGUCAGAAUGUUGAUAACAGACUUUGAUGCAAGAGCGCUUGGAGAUCUCUUAACUCGGACCACUGACAGUGAGCAACAAAAGUCGGGUAGCAGUCGGCGGAAGCGGUUCAUCUCAAUGAUAUUUAGAGGCAAACGGAAGUAAAGUGAGGACAUUCACGUAUGGCGUAUUGUUUACACCGUUCCCUCCCCCCAAGGGCUAGCCUCGGUGCUACACCGGCGUCUAUUGUUUCAGUACAUAGGUUCUUUCGUUGGAUAGUUUGACAAGUAUUUUGUUGGGGCAAAAGGGGACUCUAUACACUUUGACUUUGGGCCACUGAAAAGUAAGUGUGGCUUCCCCCUCUCUCCCUUGUCCAACGCAAAGAGGGUUCAAGGAAUAAAUAGCC